ACGUCUGUCUUGUUUACGGGGACACAUCUGAUCAGCACACAGCCCGCGUUUCUUGCGCUCGACCAAAACAACUGUUUAUCUCAUGUCAUUGCGUUUGAACAGCAUAUUGUUGCGUUGACGCUCCCAUUCAACUGAUGAUCUAACGCAGUAAAUGGUUGCUCGUUUUAAGGUGUGUCUCGACAAUGUUUCUAAAGUUCUAGAUAACUGGUUAAUGUUUCAGGAACAGUUCCUAGUUACUGGUUACAAUUACCUCUCAGCACCUGGUGUUAGCUAGUUAGCGCCAGGUUCUGCUCAAACCCGGUUGACGUUCAUUGCUUCGGUCUGUGGGUUAAAACACUCUACUUUUACCCUAUUUCACGUCCUGCGCUAUGCCCCCUAACAAACGGAUCCACGACAAAACGCUGAAACUGGUUUGCGAGUGGAGCUCGUGCCAGGAGUCGUUCAGUCAGAUGGAUCAUUUCUGCAAUCAUGCGGAAGCUCACUUUAAUGCUCUGAACGCGGCGCAGGAGGACGAAGAGGAAACGGAAGGGGUGAGAAACUGUCUCUGGAGAGACUGUGGUUUCUGCUCCGUGGAUGGGCCUGAAGAGUUGCGCAGACAUCUUUUCUUUCACUGUUACCAUUCAAAGCUGAAGCAGUUGGGCCAGCAGGUGCUUAAUGGCCAGCCCAAAAUUGGUACCUGCUCCAUCUGCCAGCAGAACUGCAACCUCAUCCCUGAUAUCCCAGACAAUUUCAUCUGCCUCUGGGAGGACUGUGAGCAACCGCCUUAUGAAAACCCAGCGUUUUUCUAUCGCCAUGUGGAGAUGCACAGCCUGUGCGUUGACGUACCAGUGGGAGACCAUGCGUUCCCGAUACGCUGCAGAUGGAAAGAUUGUGAAGCCACCGCUAAAGGACGUCCUAAGCUUCGGGAGCACCUGCGCAGCCACACCCAAGAGAAGGUGGUGGCGUGUCCAGGCUGUGGGGGGAUGUACGCCAACAAUACCAAGUUCUUUGACCACAUUAUCCGACAGAGUGCCAUGGAAGGUCAGCGGUUCCAGUGUUCCCACUGUUCCAAACGAUUUGCAACCGAGCGACUACUAAGAGACCACAUGAGAACCCACGUGAGCCACUACAAAUGCCCACUGUGCGACAUGACUUGUCCUUCACCCUCUUCACUUCGCAACCACAUUAAGUUCCGCCACAGCAACGAGAAGCCGUACAGCUGUGAUUACUGUGAAUAUAGCUGUAAGAAUCUGAUAGACCUGCGCAAACACCUGGAUACCCACAUUAGUGAGCCGGCAUUUCACUGUGAUGUUCCCAGCUGCGGCUUCACCUCUCGUACUCUCACCACCAUGAACAUUCACCACAAAAAAGAGCAUACGGGUAAUUUCGUAGCUCGCUACAAAUGUCAUGUGUGCGAGCAGUGCUUCACCCGGGGCAACAGCCUGACCGUCCAUCUGCACAAAAAGCACCACUUCAAAUGGCCCUCUGGACACCCACGGUUCAGGUACAAGGAGCACGAGGACGGCUUCUUGCGGCUGCAACUGAUUCGCUACGAAAGUGUGGAACUGACAGAGCAGCUGAUGAGGGAAAGACAAAGUAGUCAAGCGGAGGAGGAGGAUGGCGGUGGUCAGAUUGAGGGACAAUGCCCGGGGGCAACUCCCUCAGAGUUGCAGGUAGAACUGAGAGGGGUGCUGCUGGAGGAGCAGAGGACCGAGGAGCCCAGCGGCAGCGCCGAGGAGGGCAGUCAGGUGACGUUGUACGUUCUCACUGGAGGUUCAUCACAAGAAGGGGACGACUAGGACUCUGCUCAGCAGCAUGGCAUCCUCAACUGAGCUGUGCCGUUCCUCUGAGCCUUUUUCAUGGGGGUUUACUUUUGGUAUGAUAUUGUGUGCAAAUUUGUUUUUCCAGUUAUUAUUAUUAUUUUUGAGGUAUCUUAUUCUGUAACGUAUGUUGACAGUUGGAUACUAAUGGUGCACUGCCUGGUGAGUUGCUGGCAACUUUUACAUGGAAAUGCUGUGCCAGAUAUUCAGAAAUAAAUCUGCCUCGCCGUCUCUAUGUGUAUUUUUUUAUACUUCAUUUAGAUCAAUGAAUAAAGUUGUGU